AUGCAAAAGUGCUCUCUGUUUUUCAUUUCUCUGAUCAUCAUUUUGGGGAUAAGCUACAUUGAUGCUUUCACCAGAAACGAUUUUCCUGAUGAUUUUUACUUCGGAGCUGCCACUUCUGCUUAUCAGUGGGAAGGAGCUGCAGAUGAAGAUGGAAGGACUCCUAGCGUUUGGGAUGCUUUCACCCACUUUGGUGACAAAAGUAAUGGAGAUAUAGCAUGUGAUGGUUAUCACAAAUAUAAGGAAGAUGUUAAACUGAUGGCAGAAAUGGGUUUAGAAGCAUUCAGAUUCUCCAUCUCAUGGACAAGGCUAAUACCUAAUGGAAGAGGACCAGCCAACCCAAAAGGUAUAAAUUUUUACAAGAACCUCAUCAAAGAACUACGAAGCCACGGAAUCGAACCACACGUUACACUUUACCACUAUGAUCUUCCUCUGACUCUAGAGGUUGAGUACGGAGGAUGGAUCGACCGCAAAAUCAUAGAAGACUUCACUGCUUUUGCAGAUGUAUGCUUCAGAGAGUUUGGAGACGAUGUGAAGUUUUGGACUACAAUCAAUGAAGCUAAUAUAUUCGCCAUUGGUGCUUAUACCGAAAGAGUUGUGCCACCUGGACAUUGUUCUCCUAUCAAUUGCUCCACUGGAAACUCUCCUACUGAACCAUAUAUUGCAGGCCAUAACAUGUUGCUAGCUCAUGCCUCUGCUUCCAAAUUGUAUAGACUAAAGUACAAGAGUAAGCAAAGAGGAUCCAUAGGCCUUAGCAUAUAUGCAUUCGGGCUAAGUCCUUAUACUAACUCCAAGGACGAUGAAAUCGCAACUGAGAGAGCUAAAGAUUUCCUCUACGGCUGGAUGUUGGAGCCUUUGGUGUUUGGUGACUAUCCGGAAGUAAUGAAGGGAAUAUUGGGAUUGUGGUUACCAGUUUUCACAGAGCAAGAGUCAGAGCAAGUGAAAGGAUCAUCUGACUUUGUAGGAAUAAUUCACUACACGACAGUCUAUAUCAGAAACAGUAGUCCAGCAACUUCUCUCCUUCCCGGCGACAGUAGCUUCUUCACAGACAUGGGCGCAGAGAUUAUCGACAUUGGGAAUUCUUCCAUCUCUAAGGAGAUUUCUAUUCCAUGGGGUUUUGAGAGUGUGUUGGAGUAUAUGAAACAGAGCUAUAACAAUCCACCUAUCUACGUUCUUGAAAACGGUUUAGGUACAUUACACAAUUCGACGCUGCAAGACUCAGAAAGAGUUGAGUAUAUUCAAGCUUACAUUGGUGCAAUGCUCAACGCCAUCAAGAAUGGAUCGGACACGAGAGGUUACUUUUUAUGGUCGAUGAUUGAUUUGUUCGAGUUAUUAGAUGGAUACGAGACCAGCUACGGAUUGUACUAUGUGAAUUUCAGCGAUCCUGGUCUCGAGAGAUCUCCAAAGCUCUCUGCUUAUUGGUACACUGGUUUUCUCAAUGGUACAAUUGAUGUUGUUACUCAAGAAAUAACUCAGUUGCAGAGAAACUUCUCUGCUUCUUUUUCCUUGUAA